GCUGCCUACUGCUCGACGAGCUCGAGCUCGCUCGUGUGUACAUACUAAAACAUAUAUGUACAAGUGCAAACGCACACAGCAAGCCAGUCGCUCGCUCGCGCUCGAGUACUCGCGCGCAGCUGCCGCUCAUAAGCCUUGACGCUAAAAUAUCAUCUGCUGCAGAAGCAGCAGCAGCAGCAGCAGCAGUAGUUGCACCACUACUACCUACGCUGCUCCUCCACCACCAACCACCACCACCAACCAAAAAGAGAAAGUGCACAGUGCAACGCGCGUACUCGCCAUUGUCUUUGCUCGUCGUUCUUCUGCGCCAAAUUAUUAUUAAAUAAAAAAAAAAUUAUUUUACCUGCCCACCCGAUAUCGGUUUGACAACAAAAUCAUUCCUUACGGGGCCUGCGAAUGAGCCGCGCUACAAUUGACAAGUGCCAAUGUGCUAAGGAGAAUCAACGAGCCACCAACAGCUGACAAGACCUACUUUAUUUGGAGUAUAUACACGUAUAUAUAUACACACAUAUAUAUUCGGUCUAAAUGAGGCUAAUGGAACCUCUGGAUAUAGAUUUAGAAGCAGUAGAAAUUUCGACUCUCAAGCGAUGGGCUGAUUACUCAUUGCAGUAUCUUCGAUGCGCCGAUUAUACAAUUCCUCUAACGGAUCAUAAUGCUCCCUAUACAGUCAGUCCAUUUCCUUGCCAAGCUGAAAUAAACAAUAAAAUCGCGAUAUGGACCGGCGAUAUAACUGUGCUCCAAGUAGAUGCAAUCAUAAAUUUAACUAACGAGUCCAUGGACAAUGCCAAUAAUCCAUUGUGCCAAAGAAUUUUUCCUCAAGUUGGACCAGGUUUUGAAAAAAAAAAUUACAACGAAGUUGAAGAGUACAACGUCGGAGAAGUGAAAAUAACACAAAGUCAUAAUUUACCUGCUCGUUUAAUUAUACAUGCCGAGGGACCUCUUUACAACGCAAAAUUUCAUUCAGCAGCUGAACGUGGUCUCCAUUGUUGUUACAGAAACAUUUUGCAGAAGGCACAAGAACUGGGAUUGAGAAGUUUGGCUUUACCAGUGAUAAAUUUAGUUUCUCGCAAUUAUCCAUCCGAAACUGAAGUACACAUAGUUUUGAGAACCUUACGUCAAUUUUUGGAUUCACAUGGUGGCGAUAUAAGUUGUAUUGUAUUUGUAUUAUCACCAACUGAAUUGGAAUUAUAUGAGCGAUUGUUUACCUACUACUUUCCUCGCAAUUUGUCAGAAGAGGCAAAUGCCUGUUGGCACUUACCAAACAAUAUUGAAGGCAUUAACACUGAACAACAAAACGUGGAUCGACAAAUACGAAUAAUAGAUAAUCCUCAUCAUACUCUGCAAGCUGAGGAAAGUAUUGAACUAACCCCGCAAUUGGAAACGUCUAUCAACAUGGGGGAUUACACAUUUAUGCAAAUGCAGGGUGACCUGGACCGACAGCGACUUUUGGGAGAAAAACCAGUUAGCGAACCCUUAACGGAAAUUAUGCGCAAAGAGAUACAACAAAAAGAAAGGUAUGAAAGACUUUUAAGACGUGCCAAAACGGAAGAUUUGUCAGAAGUAUCGGGGAUUGGUUGCCUCUAUCAAAGUGGAGUGGAUCGGCAAGGAAGACCGGUUGUAGUAUUUCUAGGAAAAUGGUUUCCAGCAACAGAACUCAACCUAGAUAAGGCUUUACUAUACCUAAUUUUAUUGCUGGAUCCCAUAGUACAAGGCGACUAUGUCAUCGCUUAUUUUCAUACAUUGACUGUAAAUAAUAACUAUCCCAGUUUUCACUGGAUAAAGGAAAUUUAUAAUGUUCUACCAUACAAGUAUAAAAAGAAUUUGAAACAGUUUUAUAUCGUCCACCCAACUUUUUGGACAAAGAUGAUGACUUGGUGGUUCUUGACAUUUACGGCUCCAGCUUUGAAAGAAAAAGUACACAAUCUUCCAGGAAUCGAGUAUCUGUACGAAUUCAUAGCUCCUAGUCAACUAGAAGUUCCAGCUUAUGUCACAGAAUAUGACAUGACGAUCAACGGAUUGAGAUAUUACACACCGAGUCAAUACGCUCAAUCUUCCACGUAACUUUUAGCUGCUCGUUUUAUGUAAAACUAAACUGUUAAAGUAUUUUCGUUUGGUACGGGACAAUCUUGGUAUCAAUGAUCUACUCAUGAACAAAAGGUCAAAAAGAAAGAUAAGAGAGCAUUUAUCAUAUUUUGAAGAAUGAGCAUUUCAUUGCCCUUUAACUACCGAUAUCAGAACGAAUGUUAAAAUUUUUUAUGUUGUUUAAUUUUAAUCAAAUUUAAUCAAAUUCUAUUUGCUAAAAUGUUAAUAACUGAAAUGAAAAAUCUAUAUGAAGAAUUGAAAUUAAAAUUCGUAUACUUUUUGAUUUCAUGUGGUACUUAAACAAUACCCAUUUUUGAAAGUUCUUAAAGUUAGAUUAUCAUUUUCGUUGAUUGUUUUGAUAUUUUUAAUAGUUUUAAUGUCCUGAAUAAUGACGAUUGUUCAGACAUAUACAAUCAUAACAAAAAUGUUUCUUGAUCUUAGUGAAAAGUUACAACAUAAGCAAACACUAGCACGUUUACUAACUCUAGUGAGUUUCGUUAAAAACAAAUUUAUUCUAUGGUUUCAUGAAGUAUGUUUUCCCAGGAAACUAAGGAACGAAUCAAAUUCCUCUAUUUUAAAAUUAAAAGAAUUUGCCAUCAAUCAUAGUACAUAAAAAUAUAUUUACCUGGUUUAUUAAUAACGUUAAUUGAUUGAAUGAAACUUGUUAUCUUUUGAAACUUUACAAAAUAAUUUCCUACGCAGACUUAUUUUUUCAUCUAAAACUAAUGACAUUGUUGCAGAGCUCAUAUGUAAAAAAAUGUUAUCAAAAUUAAAUGAUUCAUUCCAAAAAGUAAUAUUUAAUAUUCGAAUGGCACUGAAAAACUUAAUUUAAAAAGUGAAGAUUUAGAUUUAGUCAAUAUUUUAUCUCAUUGAUAUUAAAAUAUAAAUAGCAUGACAAAAUCAUGUUAUUUUCUAAAUGUAGAUAUAUUAUUCAUACACACAUUGUAUUAAAUUUAUUUUAUAUGACUAUAUUGUUUAAAAAAAAAUUGAUUAUCGCUUAGAAAAUUUAAGAUUAACAUGAUGAUCUACUACAAGGAAGUACUUGACCACGAAUAAGGCCUAUUAUAAAAUGAUUUGUUCAUCAAAUUAAAUUUGUCAUUAUUGACCUUUGAAAACAUGAAUGAUUCGAUUUAAAAUGAAUUCCUUCUUUUUUUAAACAUACCAAUUGGCCAUACAACUUAAUCGAAAUUAAGACAAAUAAAGAUACUACCAGGUGAAUUUUAUAAUAUUAUGAAGAUCGUGUGAUUGAGGAGUUAUUAAUAAUCAUUAUGCAUCAUAUGAUAUUCAAACUAUCAAUUUCAUUUCUUCAGUUCAUCAAUUCUUCAACAGUCAUACAUGUGGAUAGAGAUUUAGUCACACCGUAAUAAGUUUUUACUUUAAUUAAUUUUAUAGAUUUAUAGAUAAAACGUGGUCAAGAAAAGAAAUUAUUGGGACAGUACAUAAUUAUUUUUAAUUAAUUGGUUAAAUAUAGAGUCUAUUGAUCUAGUAUUAGUUUUUCGUUGAUGUUAGACAAUGCGUUUAUCGUGGCCUAUGAAAACUGCACCUGUAAAGAUGAUGAUUUAUAGAGAGAAAACACAAUUCACUAAUGAUAUAUAUAUAUUUAAAAAUAAAAAUCUAAUAUAUAUAUAGUAUAAAAAAUAUGACUAAUGAAAAUAUAAUAUUUUGAUGAUAGUCGUUAUAUUUUCAUAGCUGCCGAACCUCAAAAAUUGAGAAUACACAAUUUGGAAUAGCAUGGUCAAUUCUUAAAACUUAUUAUUAGUAAUUAAAGAAUAUGGUAAAAAAGUCCAGUACAUCGUUGAAUCACGUUGAAUAAGAAUUUUCACAAAAAUUUAUCGUAAAGCUAUAAAUCUUCAUCACAUUAUAUAAUAUAUACGCGUAAAUAACUAUAUCGUUUAAAAAAUGUAUUUUCGGUCUGUAUCAAUUUAUAAAUUUUAACGUUAAAAAAUUGGAAAAUUGAUCGACCUUAAAUUUAGUUCAAAGCGCUCAAGUAUUUAUAAUAUUUCUGUCAAUUAUACGUCUAUAGAAAAACUAUUAUUUAAAUGAAUCAAUCAGAGAUCCUUUAUUUGAAAAUAAUAUAAUGUAUUAUUCAUUGAAGGGCGAAAGAACGAGAAAAAUAUGAUAAAUUUAUGAUAGAAUCUAUUUGCAAUACUUAAAUGUUGGCUAGAAAAAUAACCAUAAGCAAUACAUUAAUUAUCCAAUAAAUGUUGAGCAUUUAUAUUGGACGCAUGUAUAUUGUAUAAACAUAUAUUUUUUCUCAAAGUCUUCUUUUCGUGAACAAGAAUGGAAAAGUGAUAAUAAAAAAUAAAAUAGAUUUUACUAGUAUAAAAACAACUGUCUGUAAAAACACGUUAGGUGUUGAAUUCAUAUAAGUAGAACCACUCUGUUUACUGCGGUAUAUGGUAUUUUUACAAUUAAAAAAUUGAUGCUCACUUUUAUUAUUCUAUUUCAUGUGAUGACAUUUUUUUAAAAUAAAGUAUGUACUUUUAUUGAUGAUUUCCUGAAAAAUAUAAAAAAAUCAUUAAGAGAUUUGGAAGAUAAAUAAGUCUACAACAUCUUCAAAAUUUCAAAUCUUCAAAAAGUAAAUGGUUAUGUAUUUAAAUCAAUAAUCAAAUCACUACGGAAAAAUAUUUUAACCGUUUUUUUACAAUAUUUAAUUUUUCAAUAUGCGAAUUUUCCUCCGCAUGAAUAUAUUACUGUGAUUAGUUAUGUUCCAGAAUAUAAAAAUCAAAUUACAUUGAAUAAGGUGCGUCGCAUUAGAUAUCUACAUCCACCAACCUACUAAGUAAGAGCCAAGAAAACUUGUUACUCUUAGAGCUUAAAAAUGUACCAUUAAAGACUUCAAUUUGUAAAUAAUAUGGCAAGGGCUGCAAAUCAUUACUGCAUUAUAAUAGUUCGUACUUUCAAAUGUAAAAAAAAUUAUUUCAACAAAAUUUUUAUUUCAUCAUAAUCAGAAGAAAAGCUACAAAUUCAAAUGUUUGAUGAUUUUAUUGAAAAAAGAAACAAAAAAUACUUAUUUUCCAAUUGUGAAAGGUGGAUUAAAAAAUGCUCGACAAUCGUUUAUUAUUUUAAAAAUCUAAAAAAUAUAUUUCGUUUUUAACUUACAUCAAAGAAUGUUGAAAUAAUUUUUUACUUUUGAAGGAAUUAACUAAUUAAAAAGAAGUAAAUUAUCGCUAAUAAUGUAAGAACGAGUACAUACAAAAAUAAGAAUAUGGUCAAGAUGUCUAAAAUUUAAAAUGUUGCAUGUGAACAAACGUGCUUGAUUGUCGAGGACAAUCCAAAACUUCAUGCAUAAAUUCUAUGAAAAAUUAAAAUUUAUCAAAUUAAAUUGUAUAGCAUUUAUAGAUCUUACACAGGGAUGCUAACAAUGCGUUGUUAUUUUAUUAGUAAAAGUAAUAUUUAUUGUUAUUGUUGAAAAUGUAUUUACUAAUACUGUACGAUAUAAAUGAUAGAGUACAAUUUCAAAUCAUAUUUUAUCAUACAUAUAAAAAGGUCGUUCACUAUAAUUGUAUGAACAAUGCUUACAAUUUAUGUAGGGUAUUUUUACUAGAAUAUAUAUAUAAAUAUAUAUAUUUGUAAAAAACAAUUUUGUUUAUGAUUUGAAAUAUUAUUAGAGGGCAAAAUUUACCUAAAAAAAAGUCAUGUUUCAAAAUUUCCAAAUCAAGCUUUAUACUAUUGUUAGUUACUCAAAAUUGCGUUAAUAAAGCAUUUUUGAAAAUGGUUAUUUCAUGGAAGAUGUGUAAUAUAGUAUACUUACUUUUUAAAUAGAUAAAAAGUUAUAUGUACCUUUGUGUUUGUGUGUUAACACAAGGGAAAGAUCAAGAAUUUGGAGCUGUUAAAAAUACUUCAUUUUGUUAAUCUGUGUAUUAUAAUGUCAUUCAUAACUCUGCAAGACAUGUAAUAAAAAUUUAAUUUUGCUACAUAAA